ACUCAAAUUCGUUUAUUUCCAUCCCCACCUCCCUUAUCUCCCGCGCUUCUUCUCGACUCCUCAGUAUCGCUCCGCCAUGGCGAGUGCCGUCGGCAUCACCUCCCUGCCGACGCCGUCCGACUUUGCGCCCCCUUCCUCUUCCUUCUCAUACUCCAAACCGGGCCUCCGCCGUCGCCGCCUCCCCGUCCGAUUAGUCGCCGCAGCGUCAUUCCGCGCACGCUGCGCCGCCGCUGCCGACGGCGGGGCCGAAGCCCCGGAGGGUGCCUCCGCGGUGGCGGAGGUGGUAGGGGACCUCGAUGCGGGCACUGACGUCGCCGGGGGUGCCGCGACCUCCACGCGGCCGCCCUACUCGCUCAUCUCCGCGGACAACGUGCAGAAGGCGAUGCGCGGCCUCGAGUUGCAAUGUUAUGCUGCAAGGAAAAAUGUCAAUGUUGAUUCAUGGAAAAGAGGGAAAAUGUCAAUGCAACAGUUACUGAUAAUUGCUUUACAUUGGAUAAAAGCAAUUACAGAUGCUGAUCACUAUGGGAGGCUUGGAGUCACCAAACUAGCUUCUACUGAUGAGGUUAAAGCGGCCUACGAGAAAAAGUGUGAAGAAUUAAAUAGCGAAGGACCGGAAGAAGAGGAACUCAACAAGGAACAUGACCUUCUAAAGGAAUCAUUUACCAUACUAUCAACUGAGGAAGAACGAAGAUUAUACGAUUGGAGCUUGUCAAGAAGUGGGCAGCCUGAACGAUAUGUCUGGCCUUUUCAAGUUGAUCCCUUGGAGUUGGCACCAGAUCCUCCAAAGGAACCAGAAGAUGAGUUUCCAACGAAGCUUGUUGGCUACUUCUUCCUGGCAUGGUUCAUACUUUCUGUUGCUUUCUCAGUGACUCUCAACAGAUGAGGAGUUUUUCCUUAAAAGAAGAUGAAUGUAUAACCAAAUGCUACCCUGCUUCACUACGAAUGUUGUGCAUUACAUACUAUUAUUUUGCUAAUUAGUUAAAAGUAUAUAACAGCACAUUCUGUACAGAUCAAACAAAUGAAUAUUUGGUUCUUUACACAGCAUUUACUGGAUAAAUGCAGAAUUCAGAUGAACAGAUCACAAUGUUUUCUAUAAAAUUUGUUGGGAUUUUGUAGCA